CAUACAUAUAUAUAUAUAUAUGCCUAGCAUGGUAACACAUACAUGUGUAUGUUUGAUGUUACUAGCUACAUUAUAAAUACAUCCUAUACAAGUCUUUCAUUCUAUGUCAAUUUUGAACUUGGGAUUAACUGAUUUCAGACCUUAUGUUGUUAUUCUUUAUAAAUCAAUCAAUAGAAUCAGACUUUUUAAUAUGGUGGUCUUGGUUCUUGAACUGUCAUGUUUUCGAAGUGGAUGUCAAAUAUAGCCAUUUUAAAAGAGGAAUUAUAUGCAUUCUUGCUUCUGAAAAUGCAGUGAAAGAAAUUAUGGUGGAUUCAUUCAUAUGUUGCAUUCACCAUUGAGUGAUGGACACUCAAAUGGAUGAGAUGCCGCCUUGUCGGUCGUGCCACACAUGUACCACAUAGGCUCUUCCAAACACUUGCCCGAGAGGAAGACAACACUUUUGUUGCUGAACUUAUAAUGCUAAAAUAUGUUACAUGCUUUUAAGUAGAUCAGGAAAGGAAGAUCAGAAUAAGAGCCUCUAAGUUACAUGCAAAUCAUGAACAAUCUCAUUUUUUGGAUGGUCAUACUGGUACUCCCAAAAGUAUUAAUGGUCAUACUUGUUCUUCAUUGUCUUCACCACCUGAAGAUAUUAUCGAAUUUCAGAAUCCCCUCAAUUUGAAACCAAGGGUAAAAAGCGCACUGUUUGAAGUUGGAAUAAUUUGAAUCCAGGGGUAAAAACCCUACAAAAACACAUUCUUGUGAAUGGGAUAAUAGUUGGCUUUAACAAUCUUUACAAAAUGUUGUAUAAAAAGCUAGUAUAAAAAUCUUUUCAUAACAAUAUGUAACUAUUAUAUGAUAAAAAGAACAUUAAACAACAUGUUAGGGGCAAUCUGGUCAUUUUAACAGUUUUGUCAUGUCCAGUCCAACUUACCGAACGCAAAACAGACAAUUAGUCCAGUCCUGUACUAGUCGUGCCAAUUGCUACCUAAGAUACCUAUAGUUAAAAAAUAGACCAUCCGGCAGUAGUUGCAGUUAAUGAAUUCAAAUUAAUUACUACAAGCAUGUGCUUAUUCCAUGCUCCAUGCCGGUCUCAGUCUUCUGCUAAUCCUUUAUGCCAUUGAUCUCUGUUUCCUGUCUCACUUUCAAAAUUGAGUUCUGAUGCGUCUCUGCCUCUCAAAGCAUUAUAUUCGACAUUAUAAAUACUUAUUAUCACCUUUCUAUAAAUUUUCAUCGACACACUAACAACACACACUUUGCUGCUGCUGCAUUGUCAUUGCCACUGUUACUUUCACAAAACCACUAGGAGGUGCUUGCAAUUGUUGAAGGGACAUCAAGUCCAGGUAGCUUUGGAUGUUCUUCCUGCCUUUUGAGAAACAUGAGCAGGCAACAUUGGUGCUGAGGCAACAAAGUGAAGGCAGUUGCCACCUACAAUGCAACUUGGGGAGCAAAGACAAUCACCAGCGGAACUUAGACUCAUUCACGCACGAGCAGGAGCUAGAGGACCUGGGUUUUGGAGAUUGUAUAGUAAUAAUAAUGAGUCGUUUUGGCAAGUUUGUGGAGAUUCAGUUUGAUGCAAGUGGUAGAAUAUCUGGUGCGGCAAUUCGAACAUACCUACUUGAGCGAUCUCGUGUGGUCCAGAUAACAGAUCCGGAAAGAAACUACCACUGCUUCUAUCAGUUGUGUGCAUCUGGAAGAGAUGUAGAUCGGUACAAGCUAGGUCAUCCAAGCGAAUUCCAUUACUUAAAUCAAAGCAAGAUAUAUGAGUUGGAGGGUGUGAGCAAUGCAGAGGAAUAUGUGAAGACCAGAAGGGCUAUGGAUAUUGUUGGAAUCAGUCAUGAUGAGCAGGAGGCGAUAUUUCGUACGUUGGCUGCCAUUCUUCAUUUGGGAAACAUAGAAUUUUCUCCAGGGAAAGAGCAUGAUUCCUCAGUGGUGAAGGAUGAGAAAUCAAAUUUUCAUCUGCAGAUGGCUGCUACUCUUUUUAUGUGUGAUGUAAAACAUUUGCUCGCAACUCUCUGCACACGUUCCAUUCAAACUCGUGAAGGGAUCAUAAUUAAAGCUCUUGAUUGUGAUGCUGCUGUUGCGAGUCGUGAUGCUUUAGCAAAGACUGUUUAUGCUCGGCUGUUUGAUUGGCUUGUUGAAAAGAUCAAUAGAUCUGUUGGGCAAGACCUUAAUUCUCGCUUGCAAAUUGGAGUUCUUGAUAUAUACGGAUUUGAAUGCUUUAAGAAUAACAGUUUCGAGCAAUUUUGCAUUAAUUUUGCAAAUGAAAAGCUUCAACAACAUUUCAAUGAGCAUGUUUUUAAGAUGGAGCAGGAGGAGUAUCGCAAGGAAGAAAUCGCUUGGAGCUAUAUUGAGUUUAUAGAUAAUCAAGAUGUUUUAGAUCUCAUUGAAAAGAAGCCUAUCGGAGUGAUUGCUCUACUGGAUGAAGCUUGCAUGUUUCCCAAGUCAACACAUGAAACAUUUGCAAAUAAGCUGUUCCAGAACUUGCGUGCCAACCCAAGGUUAGGGAAGGCAAAGUUCUCUGAGACAGAUUUUACCAUUGCUCACUACGCUGGCAAGGUCAAUUAUCAAACAGACUCCUUUUUGGAUAAAAAUCGUGAUUAUGUUGUUAUUGAUCACUGUAAUCUACUAUCGUCUUCAAAGUGUUGUUUUAUUGCUGGUCUUUUUCCUGUACUGCCAGAAGAAUCUUCAAGAUCCUCGUAUAAAUUUUCUUCUGUGGCAUCUAGAUUUAAGCAACAACUACAAGCUCUCAUGGAUACCCUCAGUUCAACCGAGCCUCAUUAUGUCCGCUGUGUGAAGCCAAACUCAGUGAAUCGCCCUCAGAUGUUUGAGAAUCAGAGUGUGUUGCAUCAGUUACGUUGUGGGGGUGUUUUGGAGGCUGUUCGAAUAAGUCUGGCAGGAUAUCCUACUCGGAAAACCUAUCAUGAAUUUGUAGAUCGUUUUGGACUCAUUGCCAUGGAAGUUAUGGGUGGAAGUUAUGAUGGAAGAGCCAUGGCAGAAAAAAUCCUGCAAAAACUGAAACUUGAGAAUUACCAGUUGGGGAAGACCAAAGUUUUCCUUAGGGCUGGUCAGAUUGGUGUAUUGGACUCUCAACGUGCUGGGGUCUUGGAUUCUGCUGCGAAGUGCAUCCAGCUUCGACUUCGAACGUUUAUUGCUCGCAGGGAUUUUACAUCCAAGCGAGCUGCUGCAGUUUCUUUCCAAGCAUACUGCAGAGGUCAUCUUGCUAGAAUUAUAUAUGCUGCAAAACAAGAAGCUGCUGCUGCCAUUUUGAUUCAGAAGUAUAUUCGUGGAUGGCUGUUGAGGAAUGCCUAUACGCAGCAACGUCUCUCUGCUGUACUUUUACAAGCAAGCAUCCGUGGUUUCAUUACUCGGCAAAGAUUUUUACACAUAUGCGAACAUAGAGCUGCCACUGUAAUUCAGGCUCGAUGGAGGAUGUUUAAGGUUCGUUCUGCAUUUCUUCAUCGUCAGCACGAUAUUACAGCAAUACAAUGUCUUUGGAGACGGAAAUUGGCUAAGAGAGAGCUCCGGAAGCUUAAGCAGGAGGCCAAUGAGACUGGUGCCCUGCGCCUAGCAAAAUCUAAGCUUGAAAAGCAGCUGGAGGAUCUCACAUGGCGGUUGCAACUAGAGAAAAAAUUAAGGGGUUCAAACGACGAGUCAAAGUCUGUGGAAAUUGCAAAACUUCAGAAAACAGUGCAGUCGUUGGUCCUUGAGCUAGAUGCAGCUAAGUUGGCUACAGUGAACGAAUGCAAUAAGAAUGCAGUGCUGCAAAACCAAUUGGAAUUGUCAGCAAAGGAAAAAUCUUCUAUGGAAAGAGAAAUUGUGGGAAUGGCUGACCUGAGAAACGAAAAUUUAUAUUUGAAGAGUUCAUUGAGUACAUUGGAAGAGAAGAAUUCAGCGCUGCAGAGCCAGCUUAUUGAAGCUAAAGAAGAUGCAUCCAGUAACCACAAAAAAUUGAGGGAGGUUGAGAGAACAUGUUCACAACUCCAGAAGAAGCUAAAAAGUUUUGAGGAAAAGCUUUUAAGUUUGGAGAAAGAAAAUCAUGUUCUAAGACAGAACACAUUAAGUGUCUCUCCAAAAGGGAGCUGGCCAAGUCACACCAAGCCUUUUCUUGAGAAAUAUUCUGGUGCACUUGCUCUCCCCUUCAGUGAACGGAAAUCUACAUAUGAAACACCUACUCCUACCAAAAGCGCAAAUCCUGUUUCCCAAGGUUUAACUGAUUCUCGUCGGUCAAAGAUGACUACUGAAAGGCACCAGGAGAACUCUGACAUCCUUGCACGGUGCAUUAAAGAAAACCUGGGAUUCAAGGAUGGAAAACCAGUGGCAGCUAGUGUUAUUUAUAAAUGCCUUYUUCAGUGGCAUGCCUUUGAGUCCGAAAGGACURCUGUAUUUGACUUCAUUAUUGAGAACAUCAACAAUGCUCUUAAGGUGGCGGAUGAGGGUCUUAUCUUGCCAUACUGGUUGUCUAAUGCUUCAGCUCUUCUAUGCCUUCUGCAAAGGAACUUUCGGUCCAAUGGUUUCUUGACACCAAUUUCUCAGCGUUCCGGUGCGUCUUCUUUGCCGAAUGGGAGGCUUGCCCAAGGAUACACUCCACAUAAAUACAUUGGGUUUGACGAUGGGAUCUCGCCUUUGGAAGCUAGGUAUCCAGCAAUAUUAUUCAAACAACAGUUAACAGCUUGCGUGGAGAAGAUAUUUGGCUUGAUAAGAGAUAACUUGAAGAAGGAAAUAGCACCGUUGUUAAAUUCAUGCAUCCAGGCGCCUAAAAACCAGCGAGUACAUGGUGCUAAAUCUUCUAGAUCGCCUGGGGGUGUUCCUCAGCAGGCUACUGGUAGUCAGUGGGAGAUGAUCAUAAAGUUCCUGGAUUCUCUUAUGGAUCGUCUACGUGGAAAUCAUGUACCUUCGUUUUUCAUUCGCAAGCUUACCACCCAGGUCUUUUCAUUCCUCAAUAUAUCACUUUUCAACAGUCUUUUAUUGCGGCGAGAAUGUUGCACGUUUUCCAAUGGGGAAUACGUCAAAUCUGGUCUAGCAGAACUGGAGAAAUGGAUAGCCAAUGCAAAGGAAGAGUUUGCAGGAACUUCUUGGCAUGAACUAAAUUAUAUCAGACAAGCGGUCGGGUUUCUGGUGAUACACCAGAAACGGAAGAAGUCUUUGGAAGAGAUUAGGCAGGAUCUAUGUCCGGCAUUGACUGUUAGGCAAAUAUAUCGUAUAAGUACAAUGUACUGGGAUGACAAAUAUGGGACCCAAAGCGUAUCCAAUGAGGUCGUUGCGGAGAUGAGGGAAAUGUUGAACAAGGACUCUCAGAACCUUACUUCCAAUUCUUUCUUGUUGGAUGAUGAUCUGAGCAUUCCAUUCUCUACGGAAGAUAUCUACAUGGCGAUUCCUGCCAUUGAUCCUUCAGAUAUCGAGCCACCUGCAUUUUUGUCUGAAUAUCCUUCAGCACAGUUUCUACUACAGAAUCCGAAGUAAAUUUGUGUAGGUGUAGUAAAUGGGAAAUAUAUCAUUUCUGCGUUUGUGGUUUUAGUUUUUUAGGAUAGUUAGCCAAAGUUGAUGUAAAGGGGCAGGCUAUGAACAAAAGUAGUUGUAUUUCAUGGGGAUGAAAUCAAAUGGUGGGU